GAAACACAGAAAAUCAUUUCUAUUAGAUGAUAGUUAAGUUAAAUGAAGGAUAAAACAAUCGUUGGAAAACAAAACUCUGGAAUCUUAAUUAGGGGAGAAGAAAAAUGGUUGAGUUUUCGUUCUUAUCUGAAAAAAAAAAGCUAAAGAGAUUGGAAUAGUGACGUCAGUUCCAGCCCAUACAAAGAGAUGCGAACCUAUAAUCGAAUCUGAUCCUCCGAAUAUUCACCCAUCAUCUUCACGAUAUUACUAUUUUACCCUUCUCUUCCAAAAGAGAAAAAAACAUUUUAACUCUCAAAGAUUCGUUUUAGGUACGCGACGGCCCGACCUCGAUUCUCUUCCACUUCUUUCUUGUUCCAAAAACCUAAACCCUCUCUCUCUCUCUCUCUCUCUCUAUCUCUUGAAAAAUCAACAAAACAUUGGAAUCAAUUUCUCUAUGUUUUGAUUCUAUUUUAAAGAUCCAAUAUUCUUUCUCCAUUGAGAUUAAGCUUCUUUCUCGCUGUCGUCUCUCUAUAGAUCUUGGUUCUUAGUCCCUUUUGAAUAAUAAUGAUGGUGGAGAUGGAUUACGCUAAGAAAAUGCAGAAAUGUCAUGAAUACGUUGAAGCACUUGAAGAAGAACAGAAGAAAAUCCAAGUCUUUCAACGCGAGCUUCCUUUAUGUUUAGAGCUUGUCACUCAAGCGAUCGAAGCUUGUCGGAAGGAGUUAUCUGGUACGACGACAACUACAUCAGAACAGUGUUCAGAACAGACCACAAGUGUUUGUGGUGGUCCUGUCUUUGAAGAGUUUAUUCCUAUCAAGAAAAUUAGUUCCUUGUGUGAAGAAGUACAAGAAGAAGAAGAAGAAGAUGGUGAACAUGAAUCUUCUCCAGAACUUGUGAAUAAUAAGAAAUCAGAUUGGCUUAGAUCUGUUCAGCUAUGGAAUCAUUCACCGGAUCUAAAUCCAAAAGAGGAGCGUGUAGCUAAGAAAGCGAAAGUGGUGGAGGUGAAACCAAAAAGCGGUGCGUUUCAGCCGUUUCAAAAGCGCGUUUUGGAGACUGAUUUGCAACCGGCGGUGAAAGUAGCUAGUUCGAUGCCAGCGACGACGACGAGUUCUACGACGGAAACUUGUGGUGGUAAAAGUGAUUUGAUUAAAGCUGGAGAUGAGGAAAGACGGAUAGAGCAGCAGCAAUCGCAGUCGCAUACGCAUAGAAAACAAAGGCGGUGCUGGUCGCCGGAAUUACACCGUCGAUUCCUAAACGCGCUUCAGCAGCUUGGAGGAUCUCAUGUUGCUACACCAAAGCAAAUCAGGGAUCACAUGAAGGUUGAUGGAUUAACAAACGACGAAGUUAAAAGCCAUUUACAGAAAUAUAGACUUCACACAAGAAGGCCAGCAGCAACAUCCGUGGCGGCACAAAGUACCGGGAAUCAGCAACAACCACAAUUUGUGGUGGUUGGAGGCAUAUGGGUACCAUCGUCACAAGAUUUUCCACCACCGUCCGAUGUAGCCAACAAGGGUGGUGUAUAUGCUCCGGUUGCGGUGGCGCAAUCUCCAAAACGUUCGUUGGAGAGAAGUUGCAACUCGCCGGCGGCAUCUUCCUCUACAAAUACAAAUACUUCUACUCCUGUGUCAUAAUCUGAUAGUCAUACUAUAAUCAUCUCCUGAUGUUGAUUUUGGUGUAGGUUUGAAAAUGUUUAUGUGAAUGUAAGAAAUAUUUUCGUCCGUUUUUGUUUGUAACCAAGAAAUGUUAUUUCCUCGGUUGGAAAUUUUGAAUAAAGUAGACGAAUGCUACUAUGUAGUAUAUACACGAGAUAAGUGAAGACUCUUUGUUUUUCUAACUUUGGAUAUUUACUAAAAUAUCUUCUUGUUUUUGGUGUCUA